GGGGAGAAAGGAGAGCGGGAGGUUCGCGGCGGGCGGUAGCGCUGAGGGAACGGAGUCGGAGCGGAGCGGCUCUGAGGGUCCGAACCGAACGGAACCGGAACCGAACCGAUGGAGCGGCUGUGUGAACUGCGGGCGCUGCUGAAGGGCUGGGAGACGGUGUUCGAACGGGAGAACGGCCGGAGACCGGGAAAGGCUGACGUGGCGGCGGCUUCAGAGGACACCAAGCGGCUGUACCGGGAGUACCGGGAGCUGAAGCAGCAGAAGGACCCCCCUGAGCAGAGCCCAGUGGCACAGCAGGACUCGGGCUGCUGGGGGUCACACCUGAACCGACAGCCGAAGGUUCCCGGGACACGACACCAACCGCCACCAUCGGCGUCAGCACAGCUCUACGGGAUGAGGCUGAAGGCCAACCUGGGCACAGCCCUACAGGAGACGCCGUCGGCGGUGAGACGGAGCCUGGCCUGCAGGAGGAAAGGCACGGCACGGCGCGGUGACGGCGCCGCGUCCCCCACUGCUGCCAGCGACGGCGAUGAAUUGGCUGCCGUCCUCCCCACAGCCGUGCGCUGCCUGGCGCCACUCAUCCUGACUGCGGGGUCGAAGCCUCGUCCCCAAACGGACCGAUUCCGGAAGCUGAAGGAAACGGUGGCGCAGAGAUUGGGGUCGCUCGAUCCCGGGUGGCUGCGGCGGUGCCAGGGGACAACGGGAUGUGGGGUGGGGGCGGAUGGGUGCGAAGAGGGGAUGGUUGGGGACUCGGGGAGGGGGAUGGGGCUCGGAAUGGGGACACUGGGACAGGAAGAGGGGAUGUUGGGACCUGAGAUUGGCACACCGAGACAUGAGGAAUGGGCAAGGCUUGGAGUGAGGACACUGGGAUGUGAGGAGGGGUCGCCAGGACAGGAAGAGGGGACGCUGGGACCUGAAAUGGGGACACCAGGACAGGAAGAGGGGACAAGACUUGGAGUGAGGACACCGGGACAGGAAGAGGGGACACCGGGACCCAAAAUGGGGACACCGGGACACAAAGAGUGGACAAGACCUGGAGUGAGGACACCGGGACAGGAAGAAGGGACACCAGGACCCAAAUUGAAGACACCAGGACAGGAAGAGGGGACACUGGGACCCGAAAUGGGGACACCAGGACACGAAGAGUGGACAAGGCCUGGAGUGAGGACACCGGGACACGAAGAGGGGACACUGGGACCCAAAAUGAGGACACCUGGACACGAAGAGUGGACAAGGCCUGGACUGAGGACACCAGGACACGAAGAGGGGACACCGGGACCCGAAAUAGGGAUGCUGACGCAUGAAGGGGGGACAAGACCUGGAGUGAGGACACAAAGACAUGAAGAGGGGACACUGAGAGCCAAAAUGGGGACACCAGGACCUGAAAUGGGCACACUGGGAUGCGAAGAGGGGACAUUAGGACAGGAAGAGGGGACAAGAGCUGAAGUGAGGGCACAAAGACUUAAAAGGGGGACACUGGAACCUAAACUGGGGACAUCAGAGCAUGAAGAGGGGACACUGGGAUCUGAAAUGGGGACACUGAAAUGUGAAGAGGGGGUGCCAAGACCUGAAGAGGGGACACCAGAACACAGAGUGGGGACACUGAGACCCAGAAGGGGGACAGUGAGACACAAAGAGGUGACACUGGGAUGUGAAGAGGGGUUGUUGGAACCGGCAGCGGGGCUGCCAGGACCUGCAGUGAGGACAGUGGGAUGCAAAAGGGUGACACCAAGACGGAAGAGAGGGACAUCAGGGCAUGAAGAGGGGACACCAGGACCCGAAAUGGGGACAGUGGGAUGCGAAAAGGGGACAGUAGGACAUGAAGAAGGGACACCGGGACAUGAAAUGGGGACAGUGGGAUGUGAAAAGGGGACAGCAGGACAUGAAGAAGGGACACCAGGACCUGAAAUGGGGACACCGGGACCUGAAAUGGGGACAGCAAGACCCAAAGUGGCAUCUCGGGGUCGGAAAAGGGGAACGCCGCAAUGCAAAAGGGGGACAUCAGGAGGUGAAGAGGGGACGGUGGGAUUAGAAGAAGAGAUGCCAGGAGAUGACAGAGGGACACCGGGACCCAAAGGUGACACGGGACGGCGUCGUGGCCGCGUACCGAAGGGCGGCACCGGUGGCACCGCUCGGGAUGGAGCUGUUAAUGUGGCAAAGCCCAGAGCUGCACGCAGGAAGAGGCCGUGCCCAGAGGAUGGCAAAGAGGAACCCACAGCUGCCCCAAAGCAGAGGAGGACGGCGCCGUCCCCAUCUGAAAACCUUCUGGGUGACUUUGAGGAGGAGGAGGAGAAGCCCAGGGCGGUCUGCAAAGCUCUCCCCGCCAGAGCUCCUCGGCGGCCUCACGGCAACUUCGUGCGGCUCAACCUGAAGAGCAGAUCCCACGUGCGGGGCGCUGCGCUGCGGGGAAGGCAGCUUCGCAAGCAGGUGUGGAAGGAGAAGUGGCAGAAGAAGGCAGCGUGGUUCGGAGGCGGUGGGGCCGUGGAUCGGAGCUCGGAUGUUUGCUUCAAAUGCGGCACAGUGGGGCACUGGGCAGCGGCGUGCCGGGGGCGAGGCACCACUGCCCGUGCACCUCCUCCAGCAGAACCCAUCCAUCCCAACGAUGAAGAAGAGGAGGAGGAGGAUCCCCUGCCCACACUGGAAGAGGUGGCCCGCCGCACUAACACCAUUUAUCAGGAGCUCCCCGCAUCCAGCAAUGAGCAGGACGGAGCUGAGCUCACAGGGUCAAUCCCAUACCUGGACGUGCAGCGGCCCCCCUAUGAGCCCCCCGAGCCCCCCGCACCCGUGGAGCCCCUCUACAGCCUGGGGCCGGAUGGGAAGCCGCAAGAAACCCCCGAGGAGGUGCUGGACGCGCUCUCGGAGUUGGGCUACAGCUCUUUUCGCCCCGGCCAGGAGGUGGCCAUCAUGAGGAUCCUCUCGGGCCUCUCCACGUUGGUCGUGCUCCCCACGGGGAUGGGGAAGUCACUGUGCUAUCAGCUGCCCGCCUUCCUGUACCACAAACACAUACGGAGCAUCGCGCUGGUGGUCUCCCCGUUGGUGUCGCUGAUGGAUGACCAGGUCUCAGGUCUCCCCCCAUGCCUCCGCGCCGUCUGCGUGCACUCCCACCUGAGCCGUGCACAGCGGGACGCGGCGCUGCAACGUGUGCAGGAGGGCUCAGCUCAGGUGCUGCUGUUGUCCCCCGAAGCUCUGGUGGGCGCAGGCUCCUGCUGUCUGCCCCCUGCCCACCAGCUGCCACCCGUGGCCUUCGCCUGCAUCGACGAGGCUCACUGCAUCUCUGAGUGGUCCCACAACUUCCGUCCCAGCUACCUGCGGCUCUGCAAGGUGCUCCGGGACCGCCUGGGCAUCCGCUGCUUCCUGGCUCUGACAGCCACCGCCACGGUGGCGACAGCGCGGGACGUGGCGGCACAUCUGGGCAUCCCGCAGCAGGACGGCAUCGCCGUGCAGUGCGCCACAGUGCCGCCCAACCUGCAGCUCUCCGUGUCCGUGGAGUGGGACCGUGACCGGGCUCUCGUUAACCUGCUGCGCAGCGAGCGCUUCGUCGCGCUCCGCUCCAUCAUCGUGUACUGCACGCGCCGGGAGGACACGACCCGCGUCGCCGCGCUGCUCCGCACCUGUCUGCAGGAUGAGCUGCUCACCAGCACCACGCCAGGAUCCAAGAGCAGCCACCGCCUCCAACCCGAUCAGAUCGCGGCCGCGUACCACGCCGGGCUGACGGCUGCCGAGCGGCGCCGCGUUCAGUCCGCCUUCAUGCGUGGCCGCCUCCGCGUGGUGGUGGCCACCGUGGCAUUCGGGAUGGGGUUGGACAAGGCGGACGUGCGCGCCGUGCUGCACUACAACAUGCCCCGUAACUUCGAGAGCUACGUGCAGGAGAUCGGCCGCGCCGGGAGGGAUGGGGAGCCCGCGUGGUGUCACCUCUUCCUGGACCCCGAGGGCUCCGAUCGGUACGAGCUGCGGCGUCACAUCUUCGCCGACUCCGUGGAUUUCUUCACCAUCAAGAAAUUGGUGCAGGCCGUCUUCCCACCCUGCAAAUGCCGGGAGCUGCACCGGCGGCGCCGCGCCCUCACCGCGGGAAUGGAGGUGAGCGACAAAGAGAUGGCCGCCAUUGGGAUGGAUGGCGAUGGAGUGACAUCAGAGGGGGGUGAUGAUGUGAUGAGGUCAGAGGGGAACAGCGACGGUGUGACAUCAGAUGAGGACGAUGACAUCAUGGCGUCAGAAGGGGGCGGGGAGCGACAGAGGGUCUGCUAUAAACAUGAGCGCGCCAUCCCCAUUGAGAGCACCGUGCAGGACCUGGAUCUGAGGGAGGAGGCCAUCGAGACCCUGCUGUGCUACCUGGAGCUGCACCCCCGGCGUUGGGUAGAGCUGCUGCCCCAUACCUACUCUGUCUGCACCGUGCACUGCUAUGGGGGACCCCGACAGCUCCGCGCUGCCGCCCGGAGCUGCCCCCCCCUGGCCGUGGCUUUGGCCCGCAGCCACCUCUCAGGGGGACCCCCCCGCGACUCCUCAGCCCUGCAGUUCGACGUCGUCUCCCUCAGCGACUCCAUGGGCUGGGAGCUCCCGUUGGUCAAACGAGCUCUGAGGCAGCUGCAGUGGGAGCCACGCAGUGGGACGGCCGCCCGCAGCUCCGUGACGGUGCAGUUCUCGGAGCUGUGCUUCCACCUGCGCUCCUUCGGGGAUCUGAGGCACUGCGAGAUGGACGCCGUGUGCCACUUCCUGCAGCGCCGCGUGGAGGAGCGCCAGCAGGGGGCGCUGCGGCAGCUCAACGCCUGCAGGAGAGCCUUCCGCAGCGUUGCCUUCCAGGGGGGCGACCCACAGCCCCGCGAGGAGGAGGAGGAGCGCAGUGGGCGGCUGAAGGCUCUGCUGAGGGAAUACUUCCAGAGGGACCCCCACGGCCCCAAAGGGGGGGAGGAGGAGGAGGAGGAGGAGGAUGAAGGCCUCAGUACUGCUGAGGCUCUGCAGCUGCGCUCCGCUCUGCGCCGUUUCCUCUCUGCGCGCCCCGACGACGCCUUCACCCCGCGGGCGAUCGCCCGCAUCUUCCACGGCAUCGGUAGGGGGCCGCCCCAAAACCACCCCAAAAGAACCCCCAAACCACCCCCCCCAUAG